UUCUUUUUUAUUUUCUUCUUUCCCACUUUAUGUGUGUAUAUAAACAAAGCUGCGCAAACCCAUCAACCAUCCUCCUUACCACUCACUACUUCUCCAUUCAUUUUCUCUCUCUGCAUGAGAACUGAGAAUUGAGAAUUGAGAAUUGAGAGAGAGGAAGAGAGAGCUCUAGGGUCACUCAUAUCAUCACCAACUGAGUCUAAGCUUCUUCUUGUAUCCUUUCAGUUUUCAUUUUGUGAGAUAGAGAGUUUCACUUUGAGUUUGCUAUCAUGGGUGCACUAGCAGUCAACGACCAUCCUUGGGCAUUCACAUUUGGUAUCCUAGGAAAUGUAAUCUCGUUCAUGGUUUUCCUAGCCCCAGUGCCCACAUUUUAUGGAAUUUACAAGAAAAAAUCAACUCAAGGUUUCCAAUCGGUGCCAUAUCUGGUAGCAUUGUUCAGUGGGAUGCUUUGGUUCUACUAUGCGUUGGUGAAAAAGAAUGCUAUGCUUCUCAUCACCAUUAACUCCUUCGGAACUGUAAUAGAAACUAUCUACAUCGUCAUGUUCAUUUUUUAUGCACCAAAGGAUGCCAGGAAAUUCACCCUGAAAUUAUUUGGUUUUAUGAACGUGGGGCUCUUCUGCUCGAUCCUUGUCCUUUCACACUUUGCUGUGAGAAGUGAAUACCGGGUCCCAGUUCUUGGCUGGAUCAAUGUCGCCAUUUCUGUCAUUGUUUUUGCUGCCCCCUUAAGUGCUGUGGCACAGGUCAUCCGAACAAGGAGUGUGGAAUUCAUGCCAUUUUACUUAUCAUUUUUCCUUACAUUGAGUGCCGUAAUGUGGUUUUCCUAUGGUCUUUUCCUCAAGGACAUUUGUAUUGCAAUUCCAAACGUGUUGGGUUUCAUUCUGGGGUUACUUCAGAUGCUGCUCUAUGCAAUCUACAGAAACCGCAAACAGGUGAUCAUAGAAGAUGAUGAGAAAAAGAUACCAGCUGCUGUUGCUGCUGAUCAGCACGUGAAAAACGUUGUCGGUUUAACCACAUUACCAACUUCCGAGGUUCAUCCGGUGGAUCCUCCUCCGCAUGACCACCGCAAAAGCGUGGAGGUGGAUGCAGGCUCUCACACUGCUGCAGUAUCAUGUGCAUAAUUAUAUAUAUACAAGUCAUGAUGAAUCCGGCGUCGUUUGAUGUGUAUGUGUAGUGUUGGUACAGCUAUACCGUACGCUUGGCUUGGCUUCAAUUCUGCUCAUUAUAAUUAUUAUUAUCAUAAUUAUAUUAAUAAUAAUAAUAAUACUUAAUUGUGAUAUGA